GACCCGGACAUCAUCACGUGGUCGCACGAGGGCACGGCGUUCCAGAUCAUCCAGCCCGAGGAGCUGGCCAGCCAGAUCCUGCCGCGCUACUUCAAGCACAACAAGGUCUCGAGCUUCCAGCGGCAGCUCAACUACUUCGGCUUCAAGAAGUGGACCAAGACGCAGACCAACAUCUGCACCUUCAGCCACCCCUUCUUCCUGCGCGCGGACAAGGACCGGAUGAAGCUCAUCAAGCGCAAGGAGAGAGCC